AUGGCCAGCACCACGAGAUCUCGCCGGAUGAGAAGGCAAUUAUUUUCACGUCCAGGUGUUAAUGGAUUUAGCCGCUCCACCCUUGAUGAUUCCUUUAAAGUUAACUGGUUAACCAGCACAACUCCCACCUCCCGCCUCGACAAAAAACCCAACCAAAACCAGAUAAAAAACCCCUCGAACUCCGACGGGAACGAGGCUCCCCUCGAUCCCAAACACCGUACAUCUAGCGUCACGGCCUCACGGGGGAAAACCGCGCCGCCGCCCAAGGCCCGCUCCGCCCUCACCGCUACCCGCAACGCCGCUGCCGGAGGGCCGGCCGGCGAAGCCGCGCCGCACCCAGGGACGGCGGCGGCGGCGCCCAGGGACCGCGCCCAGCCGCCCCCGCCACCUCCCGUCGCGGGCAGGCGGGAGGAGCCCUGCCCGGCCAUGGCGACACCGCCGGCGGCCUCCUCCUCCCCCUCACCUUCUCUCCCUCUCCCAAGGGAGGGAAGGGAAUGGAAGGGAUCCGGCGGCAAGGGGAGGCAGCACCCAGAUCCGCAGCCGCACCGGCGGGCCGCCGUCCCUCGAUACCAUCCAUGGAGGUCUGACCCGGCUGCAGCCAUGGACCGAGACGCCCGAAACCCUAGCUACCCGUGGAGGUCCGACGCCUCAACCUCCAAGGAAAGGACGCGCGCCGGCUGCAGGCCAUCUCCGGCGACCUCCGACCAUGGUUGCUCGGAUCUGGACCAGCUGCUGCUCCUACUGCUUCAGGUGGACGAGGACGAGCCCUCCCACAUGGCUGCUACGGCUGCCUACUCCCUCCUCCUACCGCCUGGCCUGGUGUGGAGCAGCGGCUACCUCGUGGUGACCUCGUGGGACAUCGAGGCUGCUACUGGUAUGUGCUAUGCAAUCUUGAGAGAUGAAAAAAAGAUGGUACAGAGAGGAGGGAGGAUCGCAGUUCAGACAGAUUGGCUGGAGUUCAGCAGAAGGAUUCAAAUCAGUAACCCGCCCUGAGUAAGUUCAGCAGAAGGAUUCAAAUCAGUAACCUGCCCUGAAAAAUUCUGUUCUGUUUUGAACACUACUGAUUCCGGUGGGAGUAAGUUCAGAGGGGAAAAAUGCAUCGGAGUAGCAGGUGGAUGAUAGUGCUGCUACCUUUCGCUUGUAUUACUGGUUUACAGAGAACAGUGCCAUCAUCCAUGUUUGUUUAAACAAGUGAGUUGUGAACUACUGGACAUGUUCACUUAAAGUUUUUGCGGGAGUGUUUUCAUUAACUAAAGAGUAGACCAAGUUUGGUUUGUGGCUGUAAUCAGUUGGAAAUGUAGGCAUUGUUUGUCUCCGUCGUGCGCGGUCCACAUGGGCUGGUCGAGUAACCAGCACGAUGCUUCAUUAUUUUCUUGGACUUGACAACACGAUGCACAAUUUCCCAAAUGUGGUAGUUUCUUACAAUUUACUCAAGAACACAACGGUAUCCAUCAAAUGGUGGAGUACUAUUUCAGUGAUAUAAACCUGGCCACCGCAGAAUAUUUGAUGAGAUUUAUUAGCAUGGAUCCUCAGGGAUAUGAUGAGUUGCAUAUCUAUACCUGGAUCUACCUUUUUUUGGUAAUUUGCGAUACAUCUUAAGAUGGACCUGUUGAUGUGUUUGUGUCAGUAGUCUGUUCCUGCAAAUCCAUUCACAAUACUGGGAGUAGGCAUUUUCCAUGCAAGGUUUACGAUAACACUAUAUUCAUCUUGUUGUUGAUUCGCUUUGUCGGAAACAGAAGUCAACAUAUUUCUUCUAUGUAUACAUGCCUUCUGUUAGAUAGGCCGAUUCAUAUUGGCUCAACUCUAACGAUGUAUUUUCCAUUUGCUCAACUUAAUUGGUACUCUUAAUCUCUACUGUACAAGGGAAGACAGCCAAAGAAGAAGAAGAUCAAGGCUAUGUUCUGCUGGAUCAACAAGACUAUGAAGAGGAAGAACACGAGCAGGCACAGGUUGACCAACAAGGGCAUAUUUAGGUUGCUCUUGUGGAGGACGAGUCCUAGGAAUUCAUGGUUCAGGGCGAACCCAACAACGAUCGUUUGGUGCUGGUGCUGGUGCUGGUGCCCACACUUGACGAAAUGACAAUUGCUAAUGAUUUGGGUUUGCAUCCGGAGACCGGCGAGCAGUAUGAACAAAAUAAUAAUUGUAUCUCAAUGCUAUUAUUUUCUCAAGUGUGCUUACAUGUUUCAUCUUCAAAGGAAACGCGGAAGUAGGCAUCUAGGAGUAUAUCCUCACUUCUUAGCCCGAGGUCUAGCUGGCACAAUGGUGAAUUGGUGAUAUGUCUUGUAUACAUGAUCAUGGUGAUUGCUUGGCUCUAUUAUCAGAUGACAUCACGUCGCCUCAGGUAUAGCCGAUGCAUGGCUGUGCAUAUUUCUAACGGAAUUAAUGGUGCAGGUUUUAGGCCAUUUUGUACAAGUUGAACAUGAGAGCAUGAGUUAGAUUGCCAGGCAAGCCGGUGCUAUAUAUAAGCUCUAUCUCUCUUUGUGGAUAGCAUAAAUGAUUCAACUUUCAUGGUACUUUGCAGAUCUUACUCCAUUAGAACUAAUUUGGAAUAAAAUUAUUUGUGAGCAUCUUCGAGGUGUUUUUCCCUCGACUUCUUGUACCCCAACCUCCCGGACCCCUUGAAUGGGGAGGCAGCUUCGCUGAUGAUGCGUGACAAGAAAGCAUAUGACCAAAAAGUCCAAGAAUCUGAUAUGUGACGAUCGGACGGAGGACAAAAAAGUACGGUGUGUGACAUCGGACGUCUUCUUCUUCUUCAAAGUCCCAGCAUGUCGUACUGUCCAUCUCUUGUCUUUAGGGGACCAACAAUCUUGAACAUGAUGUGCAGUAGCGAAGGUACCACUUUCCAUAUGUUUUUUUCUACCUGACAUUUUAUUAAUUGUAUGAAACCCUUUUGCAAUGAUAUUAGUUGGUGGCUUUUCCAAAUGCAACCAUGCCUGUUCUUUCUCCAGAAAAUGCAAGGAUUUCUGUCACUUCCAUCAAUGCCUGUGGGGAAGAGGUGUGGCAACUGUAAGUAAUCAAAUGUAUCUCGUGAAUAUGAAAAAUACGAGCAAAAAGACUCACUGAUCCAUGGCAUCCAAUGUCAAUUUCCUUGACUUCAAAUCAUAUGCAUUGCGAUUUGUGAUUUGGCUAUAUUAAUUGUUGUUCUCAGAUGAUUGAUUUUACCUUAAAUAAACUAUUCGCCUUAAGAUGCAACAUCUUCUGCACUAUUACAAAAGCAUGAUUAUUUAUGUGUGUAGUAGUUUUCAAGUGGAUCUCCCAUUCUGUUAUUGUCACUUGCGAUAAAGUCAGAUCUGUUAGUGGUCUGUUGGAUAAAAUCAGAUCGAACAACCAGCCAACCAGUAUGCGAUCUGCAUGCGGCUUCGGCCGAUCGUCCGGAUAGCAUUAUUUACCUUUCGUUUUUUUAUAUCAUGGGUAAUCUGGACUGUCCAGAAGCUUGAAUUUUGGGAAACCUGUUUGGUACCCGUUUGAUGUCUGAAGGUGUUCAGACGUACGAGGGAGAAAUGAGCUUCGACUUUGAAGCCCGUAGCAACAGUGUACCAACAGUGAAAUCUCAGGAAUACCCAGUCUGUUUAUUUUACCUUUUUCAGCUUGAACACAACAGUGAAUCAAGUAGAAAUCCGAAAGAGGCUGUAUAUAUAGUUGCAUUGGUGCGUACCAAACCGCCGAUUGAAUUUGUGCUAAUGGGGUUUUGCUGAGAAAAUGGUAGUACAUUAUUAGAUGCAAGCAAUUUAUUUUUUAUUACAUGAUACAUAAUGACGCCUACAAAAUUGCCACAAGUAUGGGAAUCUUAUAUAGUUAUGUUGGAGCCAUCUUGUUUUUAUGUUUUGCCACAGUAUAGUUUCAUCAUACCACGACUCUUCCUAUUUGCCCAAAGAGUUGCCAAGGUCAGCUUACCUGACUUGAGAUCCACUAUUUGACACACAAAAUUUUCCUCAAUAUAGUGAUCGUUGUCCCAAAUGGUGCUUGGACAGAACUUAAAAUCAAGUGCAGUAUUAGAACAAGUUUGACUAAAAUGAUUUUUUUGGAGGCUUUCACAUUAUUUUUUGGCUAUCUGUAUGAAUAGGUGGUCAAAAUAGGUGACCAAAAAUAUUACGGUGAGCUUUUAUAUUUAAUUACUUAUCCAAAAGUUGUUGUACAAUUUUGAUGAGAACAAGUUUGGUUAAAACAACUUUUGCCUAUCUAUAUGAGUCUGUACAGGAGGGGAAUGCAUGUGGAACAUGAAAGUUUUAAAUUUUCUUUUAAAAAAAUGUUUGUGAAGUAACUUGCGAUUAAAUUCCUAGAAAAGAGGGGGAGGGGGGGAUUUAUUCAUAGUUUUAAAUAGCCCCCCUAUAGCCUUUUUAGCAGGGUGCCGCUAAAUGGUACUCAUGUACAAUAGACUGAUAAUAUUAGCCCGCUAUAGCUCGCUAUCGCUCCACUAUAACUGUUUUGGAAGUCCGCCGCUAUUUGGCAGAGCCCGCUAUUUAAAACACUGUUAUUGCAGCAUACAUGGAGGAAAUGAUGUUUGACAGUGCAGUGCCUGAAACUUCUGUUGUCGAAAAAUGGUGCCUUUUUGCAGGGAAAGUUAACUGAUGGUAGCUAGGUUCAUGGGAGUGAAGCAGCUGUCUGAAGCAUCAUAUCAGAGAAAAAUGGAAUUUGCAACGGAAAUAGAUAUCUGGAAUGCAACACCGUAAUCUUGCGAAGUUGUAUGGUUGAUGCUGGUUAUGAGUACCCGGAGAAUGGGAGCCUGGACCAUGCCCUAUUUGGUACAGAUUCUUUUCAUUGAUGCAGCUAAAAAUCUGCAGAAUCGGGCUUUGUAUAGACAAGUAAGGACUUAAACCUACAUUUGCAUGCAAAUGGAAGUCAAGCCUGGACUGGCCCACACGUUUUGCGAUAUGCUUAGGCGUUGCAAGAGGUUUGGCUUAUCUUCAUGAAGAAUCUAGCAUUUGUGUUGCGCACAGGGACAUCAAGGCCAAUCUCAAUCCUAAGAUCUCAGAUUUCGGGCUCGCCAAACUAUAUGAUGACCUGAAGACAUGUGAACACGAGGGUUUUUGGCACAUUGUCGGUGCAUUUCCACCUUGCUAACCUUCGUCUAUGUAGUAUUUUCGUAUGUAGCUGAUGACAUGUUGAUCUUAUUGAUCCUACUGGCUGAUGUUGAUGACUUCCCAGCCAUGAAGAACCCAUCCGCACUCUACAAGGUCACGCCGGCUCCACGUUGGAGCGGUGGCGGUGGCUCGGCGGCACGUGUUCAGCCCGCAUCAGAGUUUGUAGUGGGUCCAAGCCCCAAGGACUCGGUUAUAACUUCUGUUUUCUUUGGAGUGCUUGUACCACCGGUGUUCUUUAAUAUAUGAUCCGGGGUCUUUUUCACAAAGAAGGUGCUAUAUACCAUUACACACUGCAGAGCGAUAUGUUUUUGACCACUUUAUUUUGUGCAUCAGAUGUGAUAGUAUACAUCGUCGAAUUUUAAAAAGAAUCAAAAUAAAUUGGAAGUGAAGAAUA